CGCCCGAUGUCGAGCACGCAGCUCUCAGGUGCGCAGCAGGCAGCAUGCAGAGAUCACCUGUGGAAGAAGCCGGUUUCCUCUCCAGAUUCUUCUUCUGCUGGACAUCACCAAUCUUAAGAAAGGGCUACAAGCAGAAGUUAGAACUUUCUGAUGUAUAUAAAACUCCUUCCUUUGACUCCGCGGACCAUCUGUCUGAGCGCUUGGAAAGAGAAUGGGACCGAGAACUUGCAUCGUCCAAGAAAAGGCCCCGCCUCUUCCGAGCCCUGAGACGGUGCUUCUUCCGGCCUUUCGCUCUUUAUGGGCUCUUAUUGUACUUUGGGGAAGCUUCGAAAACGGUGCAGCCGCAGCUCCUGGGCCGGAUCAUCGCCUCCUUCGACCCUUUGAAUGAGGAGGAGGCGUCGCAGGGGUACUACCUGGCUCUUGGGCUCUGCCUUCUCUUCGUGGCCAGGUUCCUUCUUCUCCAGCCGGCCAUUUUUGGCCUGCACCACCUGGGUAUGCAGAUCAGGAUAGCGCUCUUCAGUUUGAUUUACAAGAAGACUUUAAAGCUCUCCAGUCGUGUCCUGGACAAGAUUAGCACCGGGCAGCUGGUCUCUCUCAUGUCUGCUCACCUGAACAAGCUGGAUGAGAGUCCUGGCCUGGCACACUUUGUGUGGAUUUCACCUCUGCAGUGCAUUCUGUGUCUGGGCCUCAUCUGGGAUCUCAUUGACUUCAACACACUGAGCGUUUUGGGGUCCCUGACAGUGCUGGCCAUAAUUCAGGCCUGCUUGGCCCAGAGGAUGGAUCCCAUCAGAGCGAAGAGAGCCAAGCUGAUUAGUCGAAGGCUUGCCCUCACUUCAGAGAUUGUGGAGAACAUCCACUCAGUCAAAGCAUAUGGCUGGGAGGAAGUCAUGGAGACCACCAUUAAAAACAUCCGACAGGAAGAGAUGACUCUGACCAGAAAGAUUGGUUCUCUGAGGUACUUCUAUAGUGCAGCUUACUUCUUCUCCGCCUUCAUCGUUGUCCUCUCCGGUGUCCUACCCUACGCCCUCACCAAAAGCAUAGCGCUGCGCCGCAUCUUCACCACAGCCUCCUACUGCAUGGUGCUGAGGAUGACUGUCACCCGGCAGCUCCCCAACGCCAUUCAGAUGUGGUAUGACACAGUGGACCUGGUCAACAAGCUUGAGGAGUAUCUCACCAAGGAGGAGUACAAAGCCUUGGAGUACAACCUCACUACUACCGACAUGGAGCUGGUGAACGUGACUGCCUCCUGGGAUGAGGAAAUAGGGGAACUCUUUGAGAAAAUUAAGAAGGAGACCAAGGAGAAUGGGCACCCAAACGGAGAUGCAGGCAUCUUCUUCACUAACCUUUACGUGACCCCCGUCUUGAAGAACAUCAGCCUGUACCUGGAGAAGGGGAACAUGUUAGCAGUCGCUGGGUCCACUGGAUCAGGGAAGAGUUCCCUGCUGAUGAUGAUCCUCGGUGAGCUGGUUCCCUCCGAGGGUAAGAUCAAGCACAGUGGCCGUGUGUCCUUCUCCCCGCAAACCCCCUGGAUAAUGCCCGGAACCAUCCGCGACAACAUCACGUUCGGCCUGGCGUAUGACGAGCACCGCUACACGAGUGUCGUCAGGGCCUGCCAGCUGGAAGAGGAUUUUGCACUCCUGCCCGACAAAGACAAGACCUCCCUGAUAGAAGGAGGGGUGACCCUGAGCGGAGGGCAAAGGGCACGCAUCUGCCUAGCCAGAGCAGUGUACAAAGAUGCAGAUCUUUACCUGCUAGACUCUCCAUUCACCCAUUUGGACAUUGUGACAGAGAAAGAAAUAUUUGAAAGGUGCUUGUGCAAGCUGAUGGCCUCCAAGACGCGUAUUGUGGUGACCAGCAAACUAGAACAUCUCAAGCGAGCCGACCGCAUCCUGCUGCUGCAUGGUGGCACCUGCUACUUUUACGGCACGUUCGCUGAACUGCAGUCCCAGCGUCCUGACUUCAGCUCGCUGCUGCUGGGCCUGGAGGCCUACGACAGCAUGAGUGCCGGGCGCCGCAGCUCCGUGCUGACUGAGACGCUCCGCCGGGUCUCUGUGGACGACACGGCUGGCUUCCAUCCCGAGCCCAAACGCGUUCCCUUCAAACAAGUUCCUGCCACGCCCCUGGCUGCUGACUGUUCUGACAGGAGGAAACCUUCCAUGGCUCUGGGUCCACUGACAGCAGCCCGCAAGUUCUCACUUGCCCCGUCCGAGGAGGACAGGGGCCGAGGGCAGGCCGAGCGCAGGUUCUCCGUGGUGCCCGAGGAUGAUCAGGUGGAGGAGGUGCUCCCUCGCAGUAACAUGUGCCAUCAUGGACUCAGGUUCCCCGCACAGCGGCGCCAGUCCGUGCUGGCCUUUAUCACCAAUGCCCAGGGGCAGGGCCACCUCGAUCAGCUGCAGUCCUCUAUCCGCGAGAAGCUCUCCAUGACGCCCCAGUGCGAGCUGGAUGUCUACGCCCGCCGCCUCUCCAGAGACAGGUCCUACGACAUCACUGAGGAUGUGGAUGAGCAGUACAUGGAGGAAUGCUUUGCAGAUGACCAUGAAAAUGUCUUUGAAACUACCUCGUGGAACACGUACUUCCGAUACAUUUCGCUGAACAGAAACCUCAUUUAUACCCUCAUCUUUAUUGUCCUCGUUUUUGUGGUUGAGGUGGCUGGAUCGGUGAUUGGCAUUUUCCUAAUUGACCACAUCCUGCAGAUGGAGAACAUGACUGCCCAUUCCAACGUGUCCUCUCCGGGGUUCCCUGUGAUCAUCACGCCCACCAGCGCUUUCUACAUCGUCUACAUCUACGUGGCCACGUCAGAGAGCAUCCUGGCACUUGGAUUCUUCCGCGGUCUUCCAUUGGUGCAUACUCUGCUCACGGUCUCCAAGAGGUUGCACCAGGAGAUGCUGCAAUCCGUGCUGCGGGCCCCCAUGGCUGUGCUUAACACCAUGAAGACAGGUCGAAUUAUGAACAGAUUCACCAAAGACAUGGCCACCAUCGAUGACAUGCUGCCCCUCAUUCUGUUUGACUUUAUACAGCUCACCCUCAUUGUGUUGGGGGCCAUCUCCGUGGUGUCUAUUAUGAGACCCUAUAUCUUCAUCGCCGCAGUUCCUCUCUCAGUCAUCUUUUUGUUAAUGAGGAAGUACUUCCUUUACACAGGACAACAGCUGAAGCAGCUGGAGGCAGAAGCCCGCAGCCCCAUCUUCUCCCACCUCAUCAUCUCCUUGAAAGGCCUGUGGACGAUCCGUGGAUUUGGGAGGCAGACCUACUUCGAGACACUGUUCCACAAAGCCCUCAACACCCACACCGCCAUCUGGCACCUCUACCUCUCCACACUGCGCUGGUUCCUCUUCCGCAGUGACAUCAUCUUUGUCCUCUUCUUCACGGUUACCGCCUUCGUCGCUGUAGGCACCAACCAUGACAAGCAAGGGGAAACAGGUAUCAUUUUAGUCCUGGCCAUGUUAAUUCUGGGCACAUUCCAGUGGGCUGUGAUCACCAGCAUCACCGUAGACAGCCUGAUGCGCUCUGUGGACCGGGUCUUCAAAUUCAUCGACCUGCCAUCUGAGGAGUCCCGGGCGUGGGGCAAGGACAUGGGCCUUGUCAUUAAGAAUCCUCACACCCAGGGUGACUGGCCCUCUCAGGGUAAGAUGGAAGUCAGCAACCUCAGCGUGAAGUACACUGAAGGAGGGAGAUUCAUCCUCCGGAACCUAUCCUUCAGCGUGGAAGGUGGGCAGAGGGUGGGCGUCCUGGGCAGGACCGGCUCAGGGAAGAGCACCCUGCUCUCAGCCCUGCUGCGGCUAGCCUCCACUGAAGGAGACAUCUUUAUCGACGGUGUCUCCUGGAAUUCCAUGCCUCUGCAAACCUGGAGGAAGGCCUUCGGUGUGGUACCCCAGAAAGUCUUCAUCUUGACGGGGUCCUUUCGCAUGAACCUCGACCCUCAUGGCCGAUACAACGAUGAGGAACUAUGGAAAGUGACAGAAGAGGUUGGCCUGAAGUCAGUCAUCGAGCAGUUCCCCGACAAGCUGGACUUUCAGCUGGAGGAUGGUGGCUACGUGCUGAGCAAUGGCCACAAGCAGCUCAUGUGCUUGGCUCGUUCCAUCCUCAGCAAGGCCAGGAUCCUGCUGCUGGACGAGCCCAGCGCCUACCUGGACCCCAUAACGUUGCAGGUGCUGAGGAAGACGCUGAAGCACUCCUUCCCCAACUGCACCGUUGUUCUAUCGGAGCACAGCGUAGAGGCCCUGUUGGAGUGCCAGUCCUUCCUGAUGAUCGAGGACACGUCCACGAAGGCGUACGAUUCCAUCCAGAUGCUGAUGAACGAGACCAGCCAGCUGAAACAGGCCAUGAGCCACACUGAGCGCAUGAAGCUUUUCCCUUUGCACCGGCACAACUCCAGCAAGCGCCCGUCCAAGCCCACCAUCAGCGCACUGCAGGAGGAGGCCGAGGACGAGGUGCAGGACACACGCCUCUGAGAUAGGAAGCCGAGAAUGGAUGCCUGAGCUCAGACUGGACCGUCCCGGCCACCCCCCGCAGUAGCACCCUGCUGCUCUCCCAGCAUUACAGCAAGUCAAGGGAUUGCUCACCUUGAGCUAUUUCAAUGGGUUGUAAAUAAAAUAAAUGAAA